AUGGCCAUCAUCAAACGUCUUGGACAAGGGGUCGGCGUUGUCGUUGGCCUUGGUCAAGAGGCUUAUGCUCAUAAUCAAGCCAAGAAGGCGAAUGAUGCGGCCAGUACCUUGUACCAGAAGAGUCGUCCGGACGGGAAGCAGAAUGAUCCUCAUGAAGCAGACGACAAGCCACCGCCAUAUGAGGAGGAGCAUGAAUUCGUAGCUGCGAGAGACGCAGAGACUCUCACGGCACCAGGCCAAGGGCUACCUGGGAAGCUCCCAGCACCAGUCAUUAUCCCGCAGAAACGCCCAAACGCAAAGGCUCGAGGGUUUCUCACUGCCUAUGCGCCGGCUUUGGCGGACUGCGGCGUGGAUCAGGAGACAUUCCUGCAGUUCAUCGACGGCUUCGACGCAUCGAAACAGAACGGGGCCUUCAACGUCCUGAACCUCGCCGUAGCGAUCGGUGUUGUCAGCCAAAUGGCGGCAUUCGGACCAUCGCUGACCGUCCAUCUUGCGGCGAUGGCAGUCCACCUCUCGAUCGAGAGUGGCAAGAAUCUGUACAUCAACAAGAAGACGAAUGAUUACUUGGAUAUGUGGAACGCCACUCACUUCAAGCCGCAUGGUCUCUUCGCCAUGAUCAUGACAUACGAGCCCAAUUCCAAUGAAGCAAGCAAGCUUUUCGAUCUGGACACCCAAGUCUCAGAAGCGGCGAGCAUUGAAGGCAAUGGGUUUCUGUCUCAAAAGUUCAGCAUCUCCAGCGGGACUUCUACCGAGGCUCAACUGCCUGAAGUGUGUCCUUUGGUGUUCCCUGACACCCGUGAUCAAGGCGAUGCCGGGUCUUUCAAACGCGCCAUGGCGUUCACCGCCGACUAUUUCGAUCGUCGCUCACAAGCUUCAUAUGCCGCAAAGAAUCCAAAUUCGAAACUGAACGUGGUUGACCGCCAGUUCGCGGGCAGAUACGCCGACCCAACGACGUUCGAGCAUAGUGGACUGAUUGGAGUACUUUCGGGAGGUGCAGUCGAUCCAUGUCGUAGACACUGGGAGGAGGAAGAGGAAGAGAGGAGAAAGAACCCACAGCCGGAGAAGAAGCGUGGCGGCUUGCUUUCAAGCGUGAGACAAAGGCUGAGAGAGGGCGUGCUGUAUCUGCUGAUCGUCAAUAUGCCCAGUGCCAGUGAGCUUCGCGAAGCUGCGCGCUUGAUGAGGAGCUGA